CUAACUAGAUAUUACUACGAGCAUACCGCCCUAUUUUUCACAAAUUGCGCUCAGCUUUUCAUUCAAAACUAUUCGCUCAAAAAAAAUUUCGCUCAAAAAUUUCAGUUCCCUCCAUUGCCUUCCGUCUUCUCAAAUUAGGUUUAAGAUCAAUUUUCUCUCAUCCUCCAUAGUUGACACCAGUUGAUACCAAAAUCUUAGAAUCAAAGCGCGAGAUUCUGGGAGAGGGUGUGAGUAUUUCGCGCAAACAUUGGUUGAGUUUUUCAUCCUGAAUUAUUAAACUGAUUUCACGAAACUCCAUUCCAGCUGUUUCAUCAAAAGUUCAAGUAUGCUCAUCGUAGAUGUGUACAGAGGUGGUGUAACGAGAAAGGUGACACCAUUUGUGAAAUAUGUCACCAGCAAUUCAAACCAGGAUACUCAGCACCCCCACCUCUAUUUCGAUAUGGACGUAUUCCAGUGGAUUUCAGAUUUGUACCUCCUCAAGAUUUUAUACUUGCAGUGCUUACUUUUGAAUUUGACUAUUUUAUCAAGAGAAAAAGCAAGAGAAGAACAGGUUGAUGCUAUUGUUGUAACUCAGCUAAUCAAGAGGAGACUUGUUGACCAGAACUGCAUGGAAUUGUCAGACCGCCCAUAGGAUGAUGAAAGCCGAACUCUUCCUCAGCACGCCGUAGAAAGUCUUGAAAUACCGGGUGGUUUAAGUAUGAAAGCGGCACCACAUAUCGCCUCCUAUUAGCUUGUUUCCCUACGUAAACUGCAUCUCCCAAUCAGCUUGUCCUUCUUAUUCUCGAAUGGAUCUGAAUCAGAUCAAACAUGUAGCUCGAGCUUCUAGAUCUGCCGCCAGCUAGAAGCUAGCUGCUGGAUCUUCCACCAGCUAGUUGUUGCUGCUGCUGUCAGCUAGCCAGAUGCUGCUGCCAGCUAGCCAGGUGCUGCUGCUGUCAGCUAGCUACUACUGCUGCUUUCAGCUAGGUGAUGCUACUGUCAGCUAGCUUCUGCUACUGCCCGCGAGCCAGGUCAAGUUACUGUUAUUUCUCUUCACAAAGUCUUAACAAAUUUGAACUUGCAAAUUUAAAGAAUGGCUCCUAUGUCUCAGAGCUCUAUAUUAUGUUCAAAUAACAAUACUGGAAAAGCCUCUGCAUCUUUUGUGCCCUUUUAACAUAAUUCUAUGGUAUUGUGGCAUUGCACAGAGUUCCUUGGGCUAUCUGUUUGGAAGUGGAGACGCUCUGAAGCUUGCUGCCACUAAAGCUCCAGCCAACAUCUGCGCUAACUGGUUAUGAAAGAAGCAGCAAGGCCUGCUGUUGUUGCUGAUAACCCCAACCUACUGAUCUCAAGAAGGUUCCUGCUGGAGUUAAUAGUAUAAACAACUACUGUCGUGCUGACGGUCAUAACACUGGAAAUUUCAUCACGAUAACUCUUUAUUUGACAACGAUGAAGUUUGACUUAUUUGGGGAAGCACAUGAUGUUACCGACUUAUACUAUAUUAUUUGUUUCGUUGUUACAUUGUAGUAGUUGAUUAGUUAUUUAUCUUGCCAUCUGCAGAUUAUUUGACAAUUUUGUUAAGUUUUUAAGACUAUUAGACAAUUAUAUAUCACCUAUGUAAUGACUUAUGACUUACUCUAUAUGAGUUAUUUAUUUAUGAUAUUAUUUUUUAUCUUAUA